AUGGCAGCACAGCUUGGAAUAUUCAGUAAUCCGCAGCUUCUAGCUGGUAUGAUGCAGGCUGCAACUCGUAAUAAUCUAUUAGCAGCGCAACAACAGCAACAACAAUCACGUACGGUUCUUCCUCAGGUUAUGCCUAAUCUCCUUCAUCACAUCAAUGCUCUACGUAAUGCACAGAUUGUCAAUGCGGGUGUAAUGAACGGCGUGCAACGUGCUGUUUCCGCAACAUCUGAUGCUCAUCCUCAGCUACAUUCACAUAUGAGAAGCUCAUCUGGUAACGGUGAAGCAAGUGAGAUUUGCGUCGUAUGCGGUGAUAAAGCUUCUGGACGGCAUUACGGUGCAGUGUCCUGUGAAGGAUGCAAAGGCUUCUUCAAACGAUCAAUCCGAAAACAGAUUGGAUAUGUCUGUCGAGGAGGCAAAGAUUGCCCUGUAACGAAAUUUCAUCGAAAUCGUUGCCAGUAUUGUCGUUUAAAGAAAUGCUUAGCGAUGGGAAUGAGAAGUGAAUCCGUUCAAGCUGAACGUCGUCCAGUUCAGCAGAUGACUGAUUCCUCCUCAACAGCACCAACGAUGGUUCAUAGUUCGCGAACAACUACACCCAUUUCCGGACAAAUGCUUGGUCUUUUGGCAAUUGUUAAAUCAGAACAGGAAAAAGAUCGUUCACGACUGACCAGGGUUGAUGAUCAAGACCAUGAAAUUAACUCUUCUUCCCCCAAUAGCCUCAUUCGGCCGAAUUCAAGCUCUCCCCAAACAGAUUACUCAACGAAGCGGGAAUCUAUUGGCGAAGAUGAAUCAGGAAUUGAUGUUAUGACAGUGAUCGGCCUAGCUCAAUCAGCAUCACCUUCUUCGUCGAAUACAGCAUCAAGUGUUAGUGAGGACGGACCAAUUUUCAAUCGAGAAAGAUCUCGAUUUGAUCUGCCAGUUCCUCAAUCACCUGAGAUGAACCUUCAGUUCAUUUGUGAGACAGCUAGUCGGCUUUUGUUUUUAUCUGUGCAUUGGAUGAAAGAUGUUCGUAUGGGUCUCAGAGCUCCAGCUUUAGAGAGUGUUAUGAAGAUGAAGUGGUGUGACUUAUUCGUUCUGGGUUUAAUGCAAUCAUCUAAUAAAAUUGACUUCAUUCGAAUGCUUGAAACUAUGAACUGUCAAUUGGCAGCGUACACAAGGAUAAAACAAUUACCAUCUAUCAAGUUUGAAGAAGUUCACGAACAGAUCGGAUAUCUUCUGAUGUUGGUUCGAAGAUUUGAAGAACUUAAACUGACUAAUAUCGAAUUUGCUUACUUGAAGUUGAUCUCUUUUACUUCAAAUGAUAUUCCUUCGAUAGCAUAUCUCCCUGAACUGCGAAUGACGAACACAACAGCUUGUCACGAGCUUUACGAGCAUAUCGCUUCAAUGGUUUCAUUAAACGAUGAUUCCACAUCAGAGGAUAAUGAAACGCAUAUCACUUCUAAUAAUAUGUCGGCAGUUGUGGAACGGUAUUCACGCAUUCUCCAACUUCUUCCAACACUCCGUUGGUUCAGACAGCCCAUUCUCGCUGAAUUAUUUUUUUCUGGUCUGAUUGGAAAUAUGCAAGUGGAACAGAUCAUUCCUUUUGUUCUUAAAAUGGAUGUCAUGAAUGUUUUCGACAGUCAACAAGGCUGUACAGAAAGCAUAAUGGCUAGCCAGCUUGGUUCAACGGGGUCUGCAUUUGAAGAUGCAAAAAAAACUCUCAAGCAAUUGGAACCAGAGCAAAAAUCAUCACCGAUGACACAGCCGGUUGCCAGUGCUGAGGAACAUGUCUUCUAA